GCAAAGUGGCCAGCACGUGCAGCACCACGCAGCCCAACGAUGCCCGACACCGCUGCCGUGGCUCGAGCCAAAGCGUUUCUACCUGAGCUGAAGGCAGCCAACGCUGCACUGCCAAAAGAGCCAAGCGCAGAGGGCAUCAAAGUCACGGCCAUUGACAGCGAUGACGGCUCACAAUCCGAUGCUAGCUCAGAUACGCCAGAAGGCCACAUCGAGAUGGAAGUCGCGGCAGGCGUCUUUGAGGAGAGGAAGCCGCCAGUGGCAGCACCCGAGGCCCUGAGCGAGGAAGAUGAGUACGACGAAGACGACGAAUCAGAGUACGACGAGACGCUGGACAUGUGCAUACCUGAAGGAUGGGCUAGAGUGGAGGUCGAGCCAGGCGUCUUUGACGUCGUCCGAGUCGCCAAUCGUAGGAAGCGACACUACUCCCCCAUCCAAGAGCCGUUUUCUGACGAAGAUGAUGAUGAAGAUGAUGACGAAGAACUCGAUGACGAGGAAGAGUACGAGAACGAAUCAGAUCAUGAUGACAAGCCGCAAGCGGUCUCAAAACGGCCGAAGAUUGAAGUCUUGAGCAGUACCUCAGCAAAAAGUAAAUGAUGACGAAGAUGCAAUGAGCAACAAUUAUGUAAGGGUAGCAUAAGUGAUGUACAUCGAUCAAUAUAUCGAGCCACC